AUGAAUGGUAAAACUAUUCCGUUCUCAACAGAGGUCAAAUAUCUGGGGGUAACACUGGACCAGAAACUGACCUGGAACAAGCAUGUGGACGGAACCAUACAAAAGGCUAGAUCAGCCUUGGCAAUAUGCUGUCGUUUAGCAGGCAACAGAUGGGGUCUAAAACCCAAAAUUGCCUUAUGGCUGUACACAUCCAUAGUGAGGCCGAUAGUGUCUUACGCCUCUGUAGCAUGGUACAGGAAAACGACGCAGAAGGUAACAGUGAUGAAGCUUGGCAGCCUUCAAAGAACUGCCUGUGUCAUCGUCACUGGGGCCAUGUCAUCCUCCCCGACGGCAGCCCUAGAAGCCAUACUAAAUCUACCGCCCCUCCACUUGCAUCUAGAAUUGGAGGCGAGAUCUAGUAUGCUUAGAAUAGCGGGCGCGAGGAGAGGUAAUUGGUUAUCGCAAACUCUGAGACUGUUUAAGGAAUCAGUGUACGAUAUUCCUGUUCUUGGGAUGCCAUCCGACACUAUGUCACCCAAAUUUUGUCCACUCAAACUUUACUCAGUGGAAAUCCCCAAACGGGAGGACUGGUCAAACAGUCAAAUUAAGUGGAAAGAGGGAAGCCUGAGGUGGUACACUGAUGGCUCCAAAUCCGGAUCUGAAGUAGGUUGCGGAGUAUACGGUGAAGCGCCUAGGAAAAACAUCAGCUUAAACCUAGGAUGUUUUUGCUCUAUAUUCCAGGCAGAGGUAUACGCCAUUCUAGAAUGUGCGUCAAUCAAUCUGCAAAGCAACUACAGCAACCAUACUAUCUAUAUCCAUUCGGAUAGCCAGGCGGCACUCUUAGCUCUAACCUCCGAUGUCACCACAUCGAGGCUGGUUGAGAACUGCAGGCAACUAUUGAACAACCUUGGAGCCAGGAACAAGGUUAUUCUACGUUGGGUCCCGGUCCCGGGGCAUGCGGGUAUCGUAGGAAACGAGAAGGCCGCCGAACUCGCGCGAGCAGGGGUAAGGGGAAGAACUACAGUCCUGAGCCCUUUUGUGAUAUCCCCAAAAGCCUAA